UAGGUGUUACACCGCGUUUACACUUGCGUGAUGUGUACUAUACACGUCUAGAAAGAAAACAACUUUACAAUAAGUGGGUAGACACGCCCCUCCCUAUAAUUAACCUAUGGCAAAAUUUAUCUUUCUACUCUCUACACCUGUAUAGAAAUAAUAGUACACAUGUCGCAAGUGUAAACGCGGUGAUACGGCCACUAUUUCCAAGAAAAUCGUUAAGGCUGUAAUUAUCAGUGUGUUGGCCACUGCGAUAUUAAAUGUAGGCCUACAUCCCGUGUUCAAUAUAUUAUCAUUUACUUUUUCUUUCUUAUCCGUUGUGAAACUUUUCAGUCACGUUAUAGAUACUAUCAAGCAUGGAAAACAAAAUAACUUUGCUUGUUGUUGGUCGAACCGGGAAUGGCGUAACCUCUGUUGUGUACUCUGCUCGUUCCGGGUCAAAUGUUAUAGAAGAAAAGUCCAUCUCAGUAGGCGAAGAUGAAAGACGUGUUGCCGAUCAUGAAUUUCCUGAAUUUCGUGUUAUAAUCACUCAAGACAUUACUAUCAUAGACGGAUCAGGCAUUGGGGAUUGUGAAAUUGAUUCAUCAAUUCCAGAUAUAAAGAUGAGAGAAUCGGUUACAAAAGCAUUGGAAGAAGUUGGUGGUUUUGAUGUCUUGAUAUUUGUUCUCAAGUAUGGCACUCGCUUUACUAAACAGGAAAAAGAUGCAGUGGAAAAGGUUAAAGAGUAUUUUGGAGAAAGUAUUUUUCGGGAUAGAGGAAUUAUUGUUCUGAGUUACGGGGAUAAUUUUUCCCUAGAUAAUGAGGAGGGUGCGUUCAAAGAAUGGUGCGGUAGCCAGGUAGGAGAAUUUAAACUUUUGACAGAAGAGUGUGAAAACAGAGUUUUGCUGUUUGACAACAGGACCAAUGAUGAAAAGGUGAAAUCUGAGCAAAGACAGAAGCUGAUCGAGACGACGUGUAGAAUCCGUGACAAGUUUAUGGGUCACUACACUGUACAUGAUUUCAAGAACCAGCGACAAAAUUACAAGCCAGAAAAUAGUCUCUUUAACCAAAGACAUUCCAGCCUGUAUGAGAGAAACACGGAGCGCUCUUGUUUGUUGAAGGUCUGGGAAUUUAUACGCAGAGCUGUGGUGUCUAAGACGUGCAACAGAAUUUAUAUUGCGAUUAUUUUAUUGUUAAUAUUCAUUGUUUUAAUGUGUUGUCUGGUCACGUUGAACGGGUUUAAACUGUAAAUCACACCGCGAAUUUCUACUAAAAUGUAAGAUUUUUUAAUUCAAAAAUGUACGCAACCCUAGAAAAAACGUUUUUACCCUAGAAAUCAUUAUGUGUUUUUCGGUUCGUGCCCAAAACAUAGUGGGCAGAUGAAGUAAAGUGUAUAUAUUAUAAUGACCUCGGAAGGAAGGUUGUGUUGUCAUAAAUUUUCUCAACCGCCUAUCCGAAGAAUCCUUAUCAUAAAAGCAAACAUUGUUUAUUUUUAAUUUCGUGAUGUGGCAAAUUGUCUAAUAUAUAAAGUUGAAAUGGACUCUGUGGCGGACGGACCCUUGGAAGACAUGCAUGUAGUAAAAAUAAAUUGACUUUAUCACCACAGUUCUUUAAGUGUUUACUUUUGAAAUAAAAUCAAAAUUGAUAAUUAAAAAGUUCAAUAUUGAUACAUUUUAAACUAAAUUUUCAUUGUUCAACUUAUCAUUGUGAAUGACAUAUUGUGGAAAAAAAAAUUACAAUAAAUGUACUACCCUUUAGAAAAAUUCUAUUUUUAUAUUUUAAAAAAUUAAAUUAAAAAAAUAACUUAAAAAAAAAUUAUGCUUGCUU